AUGUCGCGAAUAAUCCAACUACCGCACAUGCUGCCCAGCAUAUGGCACCACACAAUACACUCUAGUGCAGCAAGGAGUUCAUUGCCAAGACUGUAUGCUACCAAAGCUGGAGCAUCCUUCCAAGUCCCAUCCAAACCCACAUUCGGAGCCUUCAACCGUCUCUUUUCUCCUGGCGAGACAUACGAGCCCGCCGACCUGAACGCAUCGCACAUCGAAUCCCUCAAACAGCGCACAUCCACACCACCAGACUAUUUCGCAAUCACGGGUAAAAACCCACUGGAUUGCUACAAGGACGUACAGUUGCUGUCGAAUUUCGUUACCGCGAUGGGCCAUAUCGCGCCGAGGUACAAGACGGGGCUGUCGAUUACGAAUCAGAGGAGGGUCGCGGUGGCGAUUAGGAGGGCGAGGGCGUUGGGGUUGAUGGCUUAUACUCGUAAAUAG